AUGUGUAGGAUGCAGAUCUUCGUGAAGACCCUGACUGGCAAGACCAUCACACUCGAGGUCGAGUCCUCUGAUACCAUCGAUAAUGUAAAGGCGAAGAUUCAGGACAAGGAGGGUAUCCCCCCCGACCAGCAGCGUCUUAUCUUCGCUGGAAAGCAACUUGAGGACGGACGCACCCUUUCGGAUUACAACAUCCAGAAGGAGAGCACCCUCCACCUUGUCUUGCGUCUCCGUGGCGGUAUGCAGAUUUUUGUCAAGACGUUGACUGGCAAGACGAUCACCCUUGAGGUGGAGUCGUCCGACACCAUCGACAACGUCAAGGCCAAGAUCCAAGACAAGGAGGGUAUUCCUCCUGACCAGCAGCGCUUGAUCUUCGCUGGCAAGCAGCUCGAGGAUGGUCGCACUCUUUCUGACUACAACAUUCAGAAGGAGAGUACCCUCCACCUUGUGCUCCGUCUCCGUGGUGGUAUGCAGAUUUUCGUCAAGACGUUGACGGGCAAGACCAUUACGCUCGAGGUGGAGUCUUCUGAUACCAUCGACAACGUCAAAGCGAAGAUUCAAGAUAAGGAGGGUAUCCCGCCCGACCAGCAGCGUCUCAUUUUCGCUGGCAAGCAGCUUGAGGAUGGGCGCACGCUCUCUGACUACAACAUUCAGAAGGAAUCCACUCUUCACCUUGUUCUGCGUCUGCGUGGUGGUAUGCAGAUCUUCGUUAAGACCUUGACCGGCAAGACGAUCACUCUUGAGGUCGAGUCGUCGGACACGAUUGACAAUGUCAAGGCGAAGAUUCAGGACAAGGAGGGCAUUCCUCCCGACCAGCAGCGCUUGAUUUUUGCGGGCAAGCAGCUUGAGGACGGUCGCACUUUGUCUGAUUACAACAUUCAGAAGGAGUCUACUCUCCACCUCGUCCUUCGUCUUCGUGGAGGUAUGCAGAUCUUCGUCAAGACCCUGACGGGUAAGACGAUUACCCUCGAGGUCGAAUCGUCGGACACGAUCGACAAUGUCAAGGCGAAGAUUCAGGACAAGGAGGGUAUUCCCCCUGACCAGCAGCGUUUGAUUUUCGCCGGCAAGCAGUUGGAGGAUGGUCGCACUCUUUCCGACUACAACAUUCAGAAGGAGAGCACCCUUCAUCUUGUUCUUCGUCUCCGUGGUGGAUUCUGA